GCUAACAUGGACUCUUUGGGUCUUUUUAUCCAUCUAACGCUUCUGUGUUUCCAGUGGACAGCUGCCCCUGCUGCCGAGGAAGUUACAUGGACCUACUCUGGUUUUGUGGGUCAGUCUGAGUGGUCCCAGUAUUUCCCUGACUGCGCUGGUACAUCUCAAUCCCCUGUUGAUGUGGUUGCUACACAGACCAAAUAUGACCCCAGUUUGGUCCCUCUGACCCCGUUGGGCUACAGUCAGCACGGCAACAAGCCCUUCACGCUGUAUAAUAAUGGACACACAGCUGUGAUCGAGCUACCAGAGUGGAUGGGACUCGGGGGGCUGCCCUGGCUCUUUACAGCCGUACAACUGCACCUCCACUGGGGCAGUGGCGGGCCGAGUCAUGGGGGCAGUGAACACACCAUCAACGGACUGAGUGCAGAUGCAGAGCUUCACGUAGUUCACUACAACUCUGAGCUCUACCCCAACAUGUCCGCGGCAAUGACACAGAGAGACGGCCUGGCUGUUUUAGGAAUUCUCAUUGUGACAGGUGAGGAGACAAACCCAGCAUUUAACAACAUCCUCAGCUACCUGAGCCGCAUCAGACACGGAGACCAGAGAGUGCCCAUCCCAGCCUUUGACAUCCAGUCCCUGCUCCCUAAAGACCUGGGACGCUACUAUCGCUACAAUGGCUCACUAACAACGCCGCCCUGCUAUCAGAGUGUGCUCUGGACACUGUUUCACGAGAGGGUUCAGAUCUCAAAGGCACAGCUGCUGAAGAUGGAGACGAUACUUUACUCCAGUAAAGCUGAAGAUCCCGAGAGGAUGCUGCUGCAGGACAACUACCGUAUAACACAGCCGCUCAACCACAGGGUCAUCUUCGCUUCCUUCUCUGCAGAGUCAGGGAAGGAGCUCUCUUCUGGGGAAGUCACAGCCAUAGUGAUAGGAGUGAUGUGUGGCUGUGUAGGUCUGGCAGUAAUCGUUCGCUUCAUCGUGAAGACAAUACGAUUUUUUACACUCCUUCAUCAUGAAACAGUCGUGGUAAACAGCUCUACCUCUAGCUGGGAUGUCCUGCCCAGUAACCGGCCUGCUCCCAUGCCAAGGGUGAAGGAGCCAGAGAAAGAACAAGAGAAAAAACAAGACGUGGCUCUGAACUCGACGUCUGAAGCAGAAAAGAAAGAAGAGCCCUCGCCGUCUCUUCAGAUUGAACCCUAG